AUGAUGGGCGUUAGUGGUUGUAUGAGCGUGAGGCAGGCUAGGGGCUCCUGUCACUGCCCCGCGUGCCCUAGGGCUUCGGGCCAUGGGGUACAAAUGCCCCCUCAAACGCUCGUACUCCCCCCUAUGGCCUUAGAGCCAGAAACAACCCCUGUAAAGGAUAAAAAGGGAUCCAAAAUGAAGGUCCUCAAGAAAAUUAAGAAAAAAAUCGGAUUGGCGCCCCGAACAUCAUGCUCAGGUGGAACUCCAAACAACCUCCCGCCUCUUGGCUUCCAUUCAGUCCAUGGAGAGAAUGUCAGGGUCUCCAGGGACGGCUCCAUGGCUCGUCGCGUGGAGUCCUUCUGCAAGGGUGUGGCCUUCAGCGCAAGACCUGUCAGGGUUAAUGAGAAGGUGUGCCUACGCUUCGUCGAAAUUUCAAACAGUUGGAGUGGUGUUAUCCGAUUUGGAUUCACGAACCACGACCCCGCCACACUCGCGCACGCGCUCCCUAAAUACGCGUGCCCAGACCUCACAAACAAACCUGGCAACUGGGCCAAAGCCCUCGGCGAAAGAUUUUGCGAAAAAGACAAUAUUCUUUAUUAUUAUGUCAAUUCUUCUGGAGACGUCCAUUUCGGAGUAAACGGGCAGGAUAAAGGUCUGUUCUUCUCAGGAGUCGACACACGAAACCCUCUAUGGGCGCUAGUAGAUGUCUACGGGAACUGUACAGCGGUUCAAUUCGCGGAUCCUCGAGCCCCGAGCCAAAGGAGACACAGCCCAGUUGAGGAAGAUAGACUAGUAGGUAGCAUGAGGUCUUUAACCAUGGAGGAACCUCUCCCACCUCCUAGAUACCAAAAUCCUCUGGUACCGCUCAGUCUACACAGAACUAAGGGAAGAAACGUCCAAUUUAUAAAUGAUAGAGGCAUUGCUGCGAGAGCUGACGCAGAAUUCUGUCAAGGAUACGUCUUCACAGCUCGUCCUAUGCGUCCAGGGCAGACUAUUGUCGUCCAAAUCCUAGCCACUGAAGCGGCUUAUGCAGGCAGCUUAGCUAUUGGCUUAACAUCAUGUGAUCCAGCCACCUUAAGACCCUGUGACCUACCUGAUGAUGCAGAAUUACUUCUAGACCGUCCGGAAUAUUGGGUAGUUAGACGGGACGCUGCAAACGGUCUUCGAAGAGGAGAUGAACUAGCUGUGACCCUUACUAUGGACGGAGAGGUCCGUGUAAGCAGGAACGGGUCUACUCCAGUCACAGUUAUGCAUGUCGACCAUACGCUAAGGCUAUGGGCCUUUGUGGAUAUCUAUGGAGCUACGCAGAAAGUCAGAAUGCUCAGCACUCAAGUGGUGCAGCAAGCUCAAACUCCUCCUCAGCAGUUGAGGGUUCUAACAGGUACCGCAGCCCCUGUCACAGCGGGAGCCGGUGGAACUGUUCUCGUGGUUAGUCUACCACCUCAGAAUGGAAGCCAGAAUGCAAAUAAUCAACAGAGUUUGACUCUUGCUAGCGCGCAUUAUAUUGAGCCCAUCCAAACGACAUCACAGCUCUGUCUAACCGGACUACAAAUCAACCAGCCGACAACCUGCAACUAUCAACCACAACCAACCCGCCCACGACCAGACAACCAGUGCUCAUCGACGAGCCAAAACAACUUGAACGAGCAGGCACAACUCCCCAACGGGCAUUCAGAACCUUUAAGACUUGCAGACAGGCUGCAAAAUGGGCCUUCAACCAGUCGCCAUCAACCCAUAUACUCCGUAAUUGGCGAAGGUGGGACAACUGGUAACCUUACAGGGACGGAAUGCACAAUUUGCUACGAGAAUCCCAUAGAUUCUGUGCUGUAUAUGUGUGGGCAUAUGUGUAUGUGCUACCGAUGCGCAGUCCAACAAUGGAGAGGUAAAGGUGGGGGACAAUGUCCCCUAUGUAGAGCCCAAAUCAAAGAUGUAAUCCGCACAUACAAAUCUUGA